UUAUUCUGAUGAUUAUCAAAGAGGUUCUUUAAUUCAUGCUCUUGGAAAAACCCUUGUAAUGUCAGAAAAUCCAAUAGAAACACCUCAAGAAAUGAGUUUACAUGCAAGUAGUGUUUUGGAAGAAAUUACUCAUGCUUUAAAUAUGGAUAUGAUGAAACCAAGUUUUCAAAGGAUUGUUAGUACGCAUUGUUUACAAGUACUUUAUGAGCUCCAACGUUGUCAUCAUAUUCCUCAGGAUACAGAAGUUUUUUGGAAGUUUGGAUUAUCUAAAAAUGUUUAUGCUCCGCUUCGUUUUACUGCACUAGCUUGUAUUGUUGCAAUGAUUAGAAGAAGUAGAUCUCAAUCAUUUGUUGGUACAAUUCUUAGAUUAGUUGAUGUUGUAAUUACUGAUCCAAAUCCUUAUAUUCGUUAUUCACUUGCACAUAGACUUUGUAUUCAGCCACCUUUUGAACAUACUGACAAUGCAGCAAUGUAUCCUUUAAACACAAAACGAUUAUGCCAUGCAAUUUGGACAAUUAUUUCGAAUCCUGCUACUGAAGUACGGGUGCGUAUUUAUUUGAGUGAUCUUUAUUUUAUACUUUACGGUGCUGAUUGUCCGUCUAAUUUUUCAUCCUAUUAA